AAAUAACGAACAAAAAAUUUUUAAAAUACUUCCAAUUUUUUUCAAACAAUGUAAAUUUCUCACCCCUUGCUCUUUCUUUUCAACACCCUGUUUCUAAGAGGUAAUACAUUGAGAUGCCGAAAAAAGUCAAGGAACCUAUAAAUGCUGUCCAUGUAUUUGGUCGCAAAAAGACUGCAAUUGCAACAGCUUAUUGCAAACGAGGUCGCGGAUUAUUAAGAGUCAAUGGACGUCCUUUAGAACAAAUUGAACCGAAAAUUUUGCAAUCAAAAUUGCAAGAACCAAUUCUUUUAUUGGGCAAAGAGAAAUUUUCUGGAAUUGACAUUCGCGUACGUGUUUCUGGAGGUGGUCAGGUAGCUCAGAUUUAUGCUAUUCGUCAAGCAAUUUCAAGAGCUAUUGUUGCAUUUUAUCAAAAAUAUGUUGAUGAAGCAUCUCGUAAAGAACUCAAAGACAUUCUUACACAGUACGACAGAACAUUGCUUGUUGCAGAUCCAAGACGUUGCGAGCCAAAGAAGUUUGGAGGUCCUGGAGCUCGUGCACGCUACCAGAAAUCUUACCGUUAAGGAGGAAAACAAGAAUGCGAGUUUUUGCAGUUAUAUUUACAUCAAUAUGCUGUAUUUAACAAACAAUAUGAUUCAAGAAAAAAGAAAUACAUUUUGAAUUUUAAAAAAUAAGUCAAUAA